AGAAACUCUGAGCCGGUGAGGCGGGCAGACAGCUGCAGAGGACACGGUGUGCUUCAUACAGAACACCGCUUUCAUUCGGCUCAGAUUUUAUAUAUUUUAAUUGGAUGCGAGCACCGCCCUCGCUCACAUCUGGAGCUCGCGCUUGAUAGUGAAACUACUCUUCCUCGUGCCCGCGUCAUGUGUGGCAGGGAUAACUUAUGAAGUGACCGCCCGGCGUUAUCAUUUCCCCGGGGGAGCCGUCGGUGCUGUGCUGCAGGAACCGGACUCAGUUGGAAGAGCCAAUCCUCCCCCCCCUAUCUUACCCUAAUGUGGCAUCUGUGGGCAAUUACCAUCACGUUUUCAUACAAGGCCAGCCAACAGAGGAAGCUUGUAUCGGACCUCUCAGCGUGAGUUUGCUGACUGCAUCGAGGGACGGCAGGAAGGAGGGAUGGAUGGCUGCUGAGGAGGCCUAUUCAUGUCUCCAGGCGAGGCCAUACUUGAGUAGACUCUUAUUGUGACGCUGGCAGGCGUAGGGGGAGCCGGCGAGCAUGGGUGAGCCGGGCAACAUGAACAGCAGCCUGCAGAGGAAAAAGCCGCCAUGGCUCAAACUGGACAUCCCCACCAUCCGGCUGACGCCCGACGACACGCCCACACUCACCCAGCCGGUAAAGCGCCUGCGCAGUGUCAGCAUGCCAGGUGAAAACCCUCAGACCUGCAUUGCUGCCUUGGAAACCUCCAACAACUACCUCAGACCUCCUCUGGAGAGACAGUCCAUCAAGAGUGAGAAAAGGGUGCGCUUUGAGCGGACCAACACAGUUCCCCCAAAGGGUCAGAGGGAGCCCAGGAGGGUGUCAACCGUCCGAAGGCGGUCGUGCAUCCCCAAAAUACUGACCCGACGGCGUUCAUCUAUACCCAAACAGAUCAUCAGGGGUACGGCCGACUGGUUUGGGGUGAGCAAAGACAGCGACAGCACCCAGCGAUGGAGGAGGAAGAGCCUGCAGCACUGCAACCAUCUGUACGGGGGUCUAAAGCCGCAGAUCGUAGACCCACUGGCCCGGGGUCGUGCCUUCCGCAUGGUGGAAGAGGUAGACGGCUUCAGUGUCCCGCAAACUCCCAUCACGCCCGGCACCGCCUCCCUCUGCUCCUUUUCCAGCUCCCGCUCCGCCCUCAACCGGUUGCCCCGACGACGCAAACGGGAGUCUGUCGCAGUCAUGAGUCUCAAAGCUGCUGCAGCACUGAUGAAGGGCCGGACGUUGGGCGACAGCACGGCCGGGCGACAUCGCAGACGGAGUUUCAUGCCCCCCAGUUUCUUUGAAGACGACACCGUAGACUUCCCCGAUGAUCUGGAGACUUCCUUCUUCACCAGAGAAGGCCUGCAUGAUGAACUGUCCAGCUACGCAGAUGAUGUCUUUGAGACACCAUCGGAGGCCGACCUCAAACAGCUGGACGAGAGCGAGCUCACAGGAAGUGCGCUGGAUAAGAAUGAGCUGGAGAGGAGUCACCUCAUGCUGCCCUUAGAGCGAGGAUGGCGGAAGGCAAAAGAUGGCUCUCUGCUCCAACCUAAGGUGCGUCUGAAACAGGAAGUGGUGAGCGUCAGCAGCCAUCAGCAGCGAGGACAAAGGAUCGUAGUUCCCGUUAAGAAGCUGUUUGCCAAAGAGAAGAGGCCGUACGGGCUCGGCAUGGUCGGUCGACUCACAAACCGGACGUACCGCAAGCGCAUUGACAGUCUCGUCAAAAGGCAGAUUGAGGACAUGGACGACAACAGGCCUUUUUUUACCUACUGGAUCACAUGUGUCCAUUUGCUCAUCACCAUUCUGGCCGUCACCAUCUACGGCAUCGCCCCCGUGGGCUUCUCACAACAUGAAACCGUCGACUCUGUGUUGAGGAACAAGGGAGUUUAUGAAAACGUGAAGUUUGUGCAACAACAAAACUUCUGGGUCGGUCCAAGCUCAGAGGCGCUGAUCCACCUGGGAGCCAAGUUUUCUCCGUGCAUGCGUCAAGACCAAGAGGUCCACAAACUGAUCCAGGACAAGAGAGCGAGAGAGAGGGAGUCGGGCUGCUGCGUGAGGAACGAUCGCUCCGGCUGCCUGCAGACUCUACAGGAGGACUGUUCGAGCACCCUGGCAGUGUGGGUGAAGUGGCCUCAGCACCCCAGUGCUCCAUAUCUGAAUAGUAAACUUCGCCAACAUGGUGCGGUCUGCCAUCAGGACCCCAGAAUUUGUCUGGAACCAGCCUCAGUUUCUCCUCACGAGUGGCCUGAUGACAUCACCAAGUGGCCAGUUUGUACACGGUACAACUCCGGGAAUCACACCAACCUCCCCCACAUAGACUGCACCAUCACAGGCCGGCCGUGCUGCAUUGGAACUAAAGGACGGUGUGAAAUCACCUCCAGAGAGUACUGUGACUUCAUGCAGGGCUACUUCCACGAGGAGGCUACUCUCUGCUCACAGGUGGCCUGCAUGGAUGACGUGUGUGGUUUGCUGCCUUUCCUCAACCCGGAGAUCCCAGACCAGUUCUCCCGACUCUGGCUGUCUCUGUUUCUUCAUGCUGGGAUCCUGCACUGCCUGGUGUCAGUGUUUUUCCAGAUGACUGUGCUCAGGGACAUCGAGAAGCUGGCUGGCUGGCUGAGAAUCUCCAUCAUCUACAUGCUCAGUGGCAUCACUGGAAACUUGGCCUCCUCCAUCUUCCUGCCUUACAGAGCGGAGGUGGGUCCUGCAGGCAGCCAGUUCGGCAUCCUGGCCUGCCUGUUUGUGGAGCUGUUCCAGAGCUGGCAGAUCCUCGAGCGGCCAUGGCGGGCUUUUGCCAAGCUGCUGGCCAUCUCAGUCUUCUUCUUCUCAUUCGGUUUGCUUCCAUGGAUCGACAACUUUGCCCACAUCUGCGGUUUUGUGUCAGGGUUUUUCCUGUCCUUUGCCUUCCUGCCGUACAUCAGCUUUGGGCAAUCCGACAUGUACAGGAAGCGGGUCCAGAUCUGCGUCUUCCUGCUGGUCUUCCUGGGUCUGCUCACCGCCCUGGCCGUCCUCUUCUACGUCUACCCUGUGAAGUGUGACUGGUGCGAGUACCUCACCUGCAUCCCGAUCACGGACAAGUUCUGCGAGAAGUACGACCUGAACGCACACCUGCACUGAACAUCGGCCCGUGGAAGUAAAUGUCAGCUGCACUGACGCUGGACGGGAUGUUGGUGGAGCAGGAUGUGCAGCUGCUUGUCACAUUUCCUGGAAUAAUCACCAGUAUUUCAGGGUUUCAUGUAGAAGUGUUUGGUACAACAUUAUGAAUAAAGGCUAUGCAUGGACGCCUUCAGGCAUUUAAUUAAAAAUAUUCACAUGCAUGGAAGCAAAACUAUCAAUGUAACAGUUGAUUUAAGUGUGAUUGAUCUGUAGCUGGGCUAAUCAAUGACCAGUCACACUUUGGGAGAGAAGACAAUUGUAUUCUGCCAAAUUCUUCACCUCUCUUCGGGGUAGAAAUGGACUUAACAGCACCGCUUAGUGGCCAAAAGGAGCAGUACAGCCUGAGACUGCUGCGGAGGAUUUUUGUUUUGUACUUUUUUUAUUGAUGUCCAAACAGUUUUGUCCUCGGAGUUAAAACUUGCCAAUAAAUGAGACUCUAAAAUGUGCCUUAUUGACACAAAGCCACACACACAUGAUGUCUUUUUGUUCUAUGUAUCACUUUGUGGCAGCGGUUCCUCAACCUCUGUAGAAACUGCUUCACACAAUCUGACAAACGCUUGUAAAAUAUGUGUUUACUUAAUUAUUUGGUGGCUGGAUUGCCACUCUGUUGUUGUUGUUGUUGUUGUUGUUGUUUGUUUGUUUUACCACCGUGGAAACAUUAGUUUCCGCCACAGCUUUUAAAGCACUUCAAUCACAAAUGCAUUGUUGUUUUUUAAGUCUUCACCCAGUGUUCUCUGUAAAGAGCACACCUGUAUGUUAAUCUGCUCCGUUGUGAAUGGCUGUUUCUGUGCUUUUAUUCAAUGUGGUGGCGUUUUAGCUACCUGACAAUAAACACAACAAGACACAGA